UCCCAUCCCUGUAUCCCAUCCCAUCCCUGUAUCCCAUCCCAUUAUCCCAUCCCGAUGUAGCCCUGCUCCCCUGUGCCUUUGGCAGGUGAGUCCCUGCGGACCGGGGUCACUCAGGGUGUCCCAGUUUUGGGAAGCAGUGCCCACUGCUCACUGGCCCUGCUGGCUCUCCUGUUUCAGUGCCCACUGUCCCUGUUUGCUCUCCUGUUUCUGUUCCCAUUGCCCACCGGCCCUGUUGGCUCUCCUCUUUUCCCUGCUGUGAACCCCACCCCAGCUCCCACAGCACAGUGUUUGUGUUUUCUUUCAGGCUUUCAGCAGCAUUCCUGCUCUCCCCAGCUCGGGCAGCAGUGCAGAGUGCCCUCCCUGCCUCUCCCUGUUUUUCACAUUCCCUGUGCAGUUUGUGGUGACAGCCUGCAGAGAUUUUGGGGAUGAACAGCAGUGUCCUGCACCAGGGUACAUCCUGCUUGCCAGGCAUUGUCCCCAUGGCACUCCUGUCCCCUGGACUGCCAGUUCUCUUCAUAUCUUCAACGUUUUGGUGCAAACUUCAUUUAGCAAAGCAUGUAUAUUUCUAAAAUUUAAUCCAAGUAAUUUCCCCCAUUUAUUUCCUUCCAGUUACUAGUGUUCUCUGCUUCCAAGAAAACAUUCAGGUGCAUGCCAUGAGGACAUGCUACAUGGAAAUGAGAUUAAAUUUAAAUGAGGUUAAAUAUGAUCAAAGUGAAUUCACUAGGAUAGAGCUUUGUACAACACUUGAGUGUUUUUUGAGCUCAUAAUAAACUUCCAAGACUGAACAGAGCAGGUUUUCAGACUCACAGUGUGUUGAUGCAGUGUGCUAACAGGAUCUGUUGAUAUUUUGUUUUCUGCUGGCAGCUAUGGGAGUCCCAGCUCUGCUGGCCAGACCUUCCUGCAGGAUUGGAAAUCCCUCUCCUGCAGGGAUUCCCAGGCUGGGCUUGGGGACACACCAGCCUGUCAGAUGAAGCACAGGAGCUCUGGGAGCAGCAGGAACACCUGUUGGUUCCUGGAGGCUCGGGGCCGUUCUGGGGAGCGGGGUGCGAUGGCCAGCGAGGCUCCCUGCCCGGCUCCUGCCCAGCGCUUCUCCCCCCAGCUCAGGCUGCCCGACAAGAUCCCUCCGGUGAAGCCCUGCUUCAAGAAGAAGCAGAAGAGACUGGACUCGCAAACUCUGCGGGCUUUGAGGCCGAUCUUCACCAGCCUGCUGGGAGCUGGGGCGUUGGACAGGGUCUUUGUGCCCCGGGGCCAGCGCGGUGGGCACGGUGAUUUGUGUGAACCUGCUGUGAAAAAGACUCUGGAGCUCGGUACCUCCUGUCCCCAGACAGAAAAUAACGUGACUGUGCUGGUGCCAGCAGCUCCAGAUGUGCAGGGGCAGCUGGCAGCAGCUCGUCCUUCCCCCGGGCACCCUGAGCAGGGUGUGCAGGCAGGAGAGCAGGGAUUCUCCCCAGAAACCGCUGGAACCGCUGCUGAUAAUGGCCAUGAAUCAUUCCAGGAUCAUCCUUUGCACCCAAGUGCCAGCGAUGGUGCAGCUUGUCCUUUGUUCCCCGACAAGCUUUUGGAAAGCUACACAUCUGGCUUGCUCCAGGAGAACAGCUGUCCCCUGCAAUACAGCUUGACCCCAAGCAAUAAAUUCAGUGCUGGGAUAUUCCAGGAUAAAAGUGAAGAAGCUUCCCUGGACCUGGUGUUCGAGCUCCUGAACCAGCUGCAGUAUCACACCCACCAGGAGGACGGCGUUGAGAUCUGUGUGGAUUUUCUCCAGGGCACUUGUGUUUAUGGCAGUGAUUGUCCCAAGCAUCACACGGUGUUGCCCUAUCACUGGCAGGUGAGGAGGACAGCAACCCAGAGCUGGCAAAGUGUGGCCAACGACUCCCAGGAGCACCUGGAAAGGCUUUACUGCAACCCUGACAACGACAAGAUCAAACUCAAGUAUCGGGGCCAGGAGUUCUGGCUGGAUCUGAACCACAUGAAGCUGUUUGAGAGCGCAGAGUUCGACCAAAUGCGGCGCCUGUCCACGGCCUCGUGCCCCAGCUCCAGCUCCCACUGCUACACCGUCUGGAAAUAUUUCUGCAGGGACCACUUUGGCUGGAGAGAGUACUCUGAGCCCGUGGUCAGGCUGAUCGAGGAGGCGAGCUGCCGCGGGCUGCGCGAGGUUCGCUUCGUCACCUGGCACAACCAGUACAUCCUGAACAUCAGGGACGGCUUCCAGCAGAACUCCUGCUUCCGCAGGGAGAUCAAGAGGCGGCCCCUGCUGCGCUCCUGCGUGCUGCUCAUGCCCUUCCUGCAGACCCUGGGUGGCAGCGCCGUGCUGCCCUCCCCCUGCUCCGAGCCUGCCUCCAACCACGACCUGUCCCCAGCUGCUGUCACCUGCCCCAGCUUCUACCCCGAGACCUGGAUUGGAAUGGAUCCAGCUCAGGACUUCAUCCAAGUGCCUGUUCUGAAGGAAGACAAAAGCUACAGAACCAUUUAUAACCUGUUCCACAAGACUGUGCCAGAGACCAAAUACAAGAUUUUGAAAAUCCUGCGAGUGCAGAACCAGUUCCUUUGGGAGAAGUAUAAAAGGAAAAAGGAAUACAUGUCCAAGAAGAUGUGUGGGCUGGACAGGAUCAUGAACGAGCGGCACCUGUUCCACGGCACGUCCCAGGACGUGGUGGACGGGAUCUGCAAGCACAACUUCGACCCGCGCGUGUGCGGCAAGCACGCCACCAUGUUCGGCCAGGGCAGCUACUUCGCCAGGAAGGCCAGCUACUCGCACAACUUCUCCAAACGCUCCCCCAAGGGCGUGCACUUCAUGUUCCUGGCCAAGGUGCUCACGGGCAGGUACACGGUGGGCAACCACACCAUGAGGAGACCGCCGCCCGUGGAGCCCGGCAGCGUCACCAGCGACCUCUACGACUCCUGCGUGGACAAUUACUUCGAGCCCCAGAUCUUUGUCAUCUUCAACGAUGACCAGAGCUACCCCUACUUCAUUAUCCAGUAUGAGGAGGUCAGCAGCACAGUCUCCAUCUGACAGAUUUUCUGUGGGGGGGAAUUAAAUCUGGAUGCUUCCUCGCCAGUGGAAUGACUUGGAAGGGAGGAAAUCUGGAGUGACCAACUGUGCACUUGCUGGUUGAUUUCCUAUGUGGAAAUUGUACAUAUUUUUCCAUUGUUUAUAGUUGAAAAUCUGUGCCUUUUGUUAUAAAACACUGUUUAUUUAUGUUAGUAAAUGUUCAUGUUUCAGAA